UGUCACUCAGCCGAUUUGGAAGGCCGAGUUGCUUAUGUCUGUCUUGAAAACAUCCGUUUCUUUAUGAAUAAAGAAAUGUCGGGCAACAUUUUCUUUGCACCAACGACCAAACAGAAAUACCGAGGUGUUAUCACUGCGCUAUCAAGGAAAGGUUAGUUUUGUUGACACGAGAGGUCUCUGCAGUCUACGCCAGAACCUCCCUUCGAAGGUUGACUAAGUUACUCAGUGUCCGCCGUGUAGCGUUGUUGACAAGGACACAUGGAGAAGAGUUGGGGUAGCGUGACGACAGCGGCGGGGAGCGGCGCGGAGCAGGAGCAGCGGUGCCGGCAGCAGAUGCAGCGCGCCGGCGAGCUGUGCAAGCGGCUGCUGCGCCGGCUGGACGUCGCUGGCGCCAGCCUGCGGCGCGCGCUCGACGGCUGCCGGCGGGGGCUGGAGCGCCUCGAGGACGACAACCGCCAGCGCCAGCAGCAGGGGGCCGGCCGCCAGCCGGGCGAGGAGCAACUGCAGGCGCAGCCGGCGGCUGUGGCGCCACCGAAGCCGCCGCCGCUGAAGACGCGGGCGAGGCCGCAGACACCGCCGCCGAAGCAGAAGACCCCGCCGCAGGCCAGGCACAGCAAACCUACCAGGAGGGCGCUGACGCAGAUUCAGCUGAAGCAGGUCCCCCUGCAGAAACAACCGUCGCCACCCGUGCCAGCGAAGGUCGCAGCUAGGACCGGCGCUCGUGCCACCAGGGACGUUCCAGCCAGGAAGAAUGAGAAGGGGAAAACGUCUCCCACUCUACUGGAACAGAAACCUGCAAUCAAGGUGCAACCGAAAAAACCGAACUGGAAGAAAUUUGUACCGAAACCAUGCAAAAAAGGCUUAGGGGACUAGUUUUGGUACGAAGUCUGAAAAAUAAGAAACUAAUAUGGAAUAUCAGUGCAGUAAAAGAGAAGUCUCAACAGACAAAAAUUUUGUAAAUGCAACGUUAUUUCUUCUAUUCAAAAACUAAACCUAGAACACUUUAAAUGGUUACAUGUACUCCCAAGCUUGCGUGUAGUUUUCAGUGUUCACUAGUAAGCUGGGAAACUUGUUGAAUUUUUUUGUAUUUUAUUAUGUUCAUGUUAGUCACUGAACGUUCAUAUUUUUUAAGACUGUGGAUCUUCUCAAAUAAACUUGAGCACGUUAUGAAA